GGGACCGUGAUGAUGUCCCUACUACGCCAAUCAUGUGAUUGGGUCUCUUGGUGCUCGGAGUUAGACUCUCGGAGCGGACAAAUAACCCUGAUAUAUUUCCAAAUUCAGCCUCCCACCGGAGAUAGUACACGGAUUGGAACACAAAGUCCAGUCACACAACAGCUCUACCAGGGACCCCUGCACCACCCACUGCAACCUCACCGACCAGAACCGACGAUGAGAACAAAAGUACCCCUACCUACCUAGUUCAAGUAUGCCUGCGUGUAGCGUGUAGCAUGCCUGUCCUGUCAGGGGGGCGUCGCGGUAGUCAUGCCGCAAUCGACUACCGGUACAGUACAGGUACAGCGGAGCAUGAGGCCAUCCCCACAAGCUGCCAUCAAUACGCCUAGGUACGAAGUAUCACCUAUCUAUUUCUAGAGGGUCGCCAACAGCAGAUAACAGCAGAGGAAAGGAGCCGAGCCGAUAAUGCAGGAUUGCGCGCGCGUGGCUGUAGUUGACCAUGGCAGAGGCGAAAUACAGGUCGUCCUGUGACGCCUGUCUCGGCGCCAAGAUCAAAUGCACUCGGGAGAAGCCUGCCUGCCUGCGCUGCAACGAACGUGGCCGUGAAUGUGUAUACAGCCAGUACCGCAAGAUCGGUCGACCCUCCUACAAGACCCCAUUGAGCAGUGGGGAGCCCAGCGAGACGGUGCAGAUCAGCCCGUCGCCAAGCGUCUGGGCGAGCCGACCCUUGCCAGACCCGUCCGCGCCGCCCAUUUCACCAUCGUGCCAACGGCAACCAGACCCCAUCCAGAGCCCCAUCUCCGUCGUCUCCAAUACUGGCGGGGCUGAUGGUCUCAGCCAUUCAAUGGGCGAAAAUGAAGCCGCCUGGCCAGGGCCGUUCAUGGACAGUCAAUCAAUGCCAGACCCUGCCAUGGCUACGAGUCAUUAUCUCCACUUCGGCGGGAUCGCAGGAGACCUAAGCCCUACCUCUUUGACCGCACCACUCGGGAAUACCAACUGGUCUACCAUCGGAGGACUGCCGAUUGGAUAUCCCACCCAAAUGGCAGAUAUGGGGCAGCCAUAUCUUGGCGACACGCUAGAUCCACAGGAUCUCGAUUUUCAUCACUUGGCGAUGCCCACGUUAUUUCCGACGGCCGAUGACUUCGGCUACGAUCCAGGUCCUGUUGGCUCCGCAAUAAAUGCAUCAUUCACCACUUGGGAACAACAAGACGCGGAGGUGUCUGGAUCACCGCAGAAUAGUAAGCAAAAGAGCGAUCAAGGGUAGCACGGUUCCGAAUGAGGCGAGUGUUGGGUGUACUCUACGGUGUGCACACCUGUCUACGGGAAGGCGCACAGAAGAAACAUUGCAUAUCACAGCCUCAUAUCCGACCUCGGCAUUGACAAUGACCUCGGCAAAGACAGAAUCAUCUGAUGGGAUUCUCGCAUUGAUAAUUAUUCUAUCGAUGAUCUAUCUAGUGCUGAUUGUCUCUAGCUUCCAGGGUGGUCAUACGGAAAAGGGUUUUCAUCUACGUAUUCUAGACUAAGUAAACAUUAUACUUCCUGAGGGUAAACCAAUGGCUUGGGUAAUCCGUAAAGCACAUCCCUUGUAUCAAGCUACUCCAGAAGUUGGAACCUGCAUUGUAUCAUUCUAAGAAAGCUUCCUGCGCCUUCAAUCAUAUGUGGCUAUAACAACAAAAGGCCCCGACGCCUGAUGGUGUCGCAUCGUUGUCAGGCAUAUGUACAUUAGCAUGACUAAACACCUCGAUAUCAUUAUGUCCA